CCGCACUUAAAAUUGCCUUUUGCCCAGUUCGGCAAAUACAAGUUUGCAGAUAAACAAUGUUAUUAGCCCAGAUAAAUCGAGACUCUCAGGGAAUGACUGAGUUUUCUGGAGGAGGGAUGGAGGCUCAGCAUGUAACCCUUUGUUUGACAGAAGCAGUAGCUGUGCAAGAUGGUGAUAAUUUAGAAAACAUGGAAGGUGUAAGUUUGCAGGCAGUUACACUUGCUGAUGGUUCCACAGCCUACAUACAACACAAUUCUAAAGAUGGUAAAUUGAUGGAUGGCCAGGUGAUUCAAUUAGAAGAUGGUUCUGCUGCCUAUGUUCAACAUGUAUCUAUGCCAAAAAGUAGGGACAGUCUGCGUUUGGAAGAUGGACAGGCAGUUCAACUAGAAGAUGGAACUACUGCAUUUAUUCAUCACGCUUCAAAAGACAGUUAUGAUCAGAGUGCAUUACAGGCAGUUCAGCUGGAAGAUGGAACCACUGCUUACAUUCACCAUACAGUUCAAAUGCCACAGUCAGAUACCAUCUUAGCUAUUCAAGCUGAUGGCACAGUGGCAGGCCUCCAUACGGGAGAUGCUACAAUUGAUCCAGAUACCAUCAGUGCUUUGGAACAGUAUGCAGCCAAGGUGUCUAUUGAUGGAAAUGAAAGUGUCAGUAGCUCGGGAAUGAUAGGUGAAAAUGAGCAAGAGAAAAAAAUGCAGAUUGUCUUGCAAGGACAUGGAACAAGAGUGACAGCUAAAUCUCAGCCAAGUGGAGAGAAGGCUUUUCGCUGUGAAUAUGAUGGCUGUGGAAAACUAUACACAACAGCUCACCAUCUUAAGGUGCAUGAAAGAUCACACACAGGAGAUCGACCAUACCAGUGUGAACACCCUGGUUGUGGCAAAGCAUUUGCAACAGGUUACGGAUUAAAAAGCCACGUACGAACCCAUACAGGAGAGAAGCCCUAUCGGUGUACAGAGGAGAACUGCACCAAGUCAUUCAAGACUUCUGGAGACCUGCAGAAACACAUCAGAACUCACACAGGCGAAAGACCCUUCAAAUGUCCCUUUGAAGGCUGUGGAAGGUCAUUCACAACAUCCAAUAUUAGAAAAGUUCACAUCAGGACACAUACUGGUGAAAGACCCUAUUACUGUACAGAACCAGGAUGUGGCAGAGCAUUCGCCAGUGCAACCAAUUACAAGAACCAUGUCAGAAUACAUACAGGUGAGAAGCCCUAUGUCUGCACAGUUCCUGGCUGUGACAAACGUUUCACAGAAUAUUCCAGUUUAUACAAACAUCAUGUUGUACAUACUCAUUCCAAACCGUACAACUGCAAUCAUUGUGGGAAAACAUACAAGCAAAUUUCCACACUUGCUAUGCACAAGCGGACAGCACACAAUGACACAGAACCAAUUGAAGAAGAGCAGGAAGCUUUCUUUGAGCCACCCCCAGGUCAAGGUGAAGAUGUUCUAAAAGGCUCCCAGAUAACCUAUGUGACAGGUGUAGAAGGGGAGGAUGUCGUUUCUGCACAGGUUGCUACUGUUACUCAGUCAGGGCUGGGUCAACAAGUUGCAUUAAUUUCUCAAGAUGGGACUCAGCAUGUCAACAUAUCUCAGGCAGACAUGCAGGCUAUUGGAAAUACUAUCACUAUGGUAACACAAGAUGGCACCACCAUCACAGUUCCUGCCCAUGAUGCUGUCAUUUCUUCUGCUGGAACGCAUUCUGUUGCAAUGGUAACUGCAGAGGGCACUGAAGGACAGCAGGUUGCUAUCGUGGCUCAAGACUUAGCAUUCCAUAGUGCCUCCUCAGAAAUGGGACAUCAGCAACAUGGGCAUCAUUUAGUGACUACAGAAACAAGGCCUGUUACAUUAUUGGCUACGUCCAACGGAACGCAAAUUGCCGUGCAGCUUGGAGAGCAGCAGUCUUUGGAAGAAGCCAUCAGAAUAGCCUCCAGAAUACAACAGGGUGAAACUCCAGGGAUUGAUGAUUAACUUCGAACAGUGCUACAAGAACAAUAGAAUGAAUUAUAUUUUAUUUUCAAUCAACAAAGGUCCAUGCCAGCUGCAAUCCAUAAAAACUUUGACUUUUUCUGCUUAUUCUUACUCUGUACACAUUUUAUGGAAGAGUGAAGAAUGUUUUACAACCGCAUAACUUUUGCAUACAUGAUCCGUGGAAUAGACCAGCACCAUCUUCUCAAUUCAUUGUAUAUCCAGGAACAUGAAAAUAGGAUUACACAGUAAAUUUCCUCAUUUUCUUUUUUCUUAGAUUUCACCCAUACUACAAAAAAGCAAAAGCUGAUGUAGAAGUAUCAGAAUGAAUUUUUAAUAUAAUGUACAAAAUAAUGAAGGCAUCUUUGAAGAUUUCAAACAUGUAAAACAUUAUUUCAAAAUCAUUUCAGGAACCUUUACAGGUAAUAAAGAAAGUAAAGCCUUUUUAAUUGCUUCCCAUAAAUAGAAGAGUCAUUCAUGGAGCUGAGCCUACAGUAAAACUUUGCAUUUGGUUUUCAUUUCAUACAGAUUUAAAGAGUCUUCUCAUGUAGAUUCCGUACCUAUCUCAUUCAUUGUAAAUAAAGACUAUUAACGCUGGAAGUGCUAAUUAUAUUAUCUUAAAAUGGAUUAUGUACAAAAGAGAAACUUUGGUUGUUCAAUAUUAAAGGAAGUAAAUCUAAUUAUUCUGUUUCUUUACAUAUUUUACUUAAUCUUUAAAUUUUAUCUUAAAAUUAUGAUGCAAUAAAGGAUAAGUUUAUAUUAUCUAGAUAGGAUGAUACUGUGGUGUGAAGUAUUACUUACUUCUUAAUGAGACUGAAGUGAAAAUUAUUUAUUUACUUCUUUGUAUAAAUUGUUCCAAAGUGUGUUUAUCCAACCCUAUGAUUCUAUGAUCAUGAACUUUAUUCUGAUAUUGUCCAACAGCUUCCAUAGUUUAUUAAACAUUUAGUAUACAUUUUUAAUUAAAAAAAUUUGGAGACACUACAAAAGUGAUUAUGAUGGCAGGUUAGCUUACACAUUCUACCAAAAAUGUAAACUCUGAUCAUAAUUCUGUUAGUUAUAAUAUAGAGACAAGCAUUAACAGUCUGAUUUUUCACACCC